AAGAGAAGUGAAAAAACCACCUGGUAGAAGCUGUUACAGGUAGGCUUCAAGAAAAAGUGAAAGUGGUGCUGAAGAAAAAACAGGAGAUUAUAACGAAUUUCAAAGAAAAUCGUCUCCGCGGAGUUGCGGAAAAUGUAGUUCUGUAUGCAGCAAGUUGCCGCCGAUUUUAUGUUCAAGUCUUUUACAGAACUGUGUGAAACCGUUCAGAUCACUGCGGAAGGAACCAUGAGGUUAAUCCAGAGAGGAUCGCAAGAGUGAAGCGAUGCAGGUAGACGUUCACUACAGCCCGGUUGGCGAGAGACCCGGUCCGGGAACAGGCGAAUUCUGCCUGUAUGUGUGGAUCCGGAGAGUUGCCGUGAUUGCCGCACACGUCACCGCCGUGGGGUUGACAAUCCUAAUGUCGCUGCUGUCCCGCCCAGGAACAAGUCUCUUCUCUUGGCAUCCUGUGUUUAUGUCUGCUGCUUUCUGCCUGUGCAUGACUGAGGGGGUGUUGCUCUUCUCCAGGGAGUGCUCCCCGUUCUGCUUCCAGUCCCGGAAGGGCAGGGUGCGUCUGCACUGGCUCCUGCAGGUCCUGGUGCUGCUGGGAGGGGUGACAGGCGUGGGCUUCAUGGUGGCCAGCAAGCGUGUGUCGGAGCGCCCCCACCUGGCCAGCUGGCACAGCAUUCUGGGUGUGUGGACUCUGGCAGUCACAGCACUCCAGGUGGCCUUUGGCCUGUGCUUGCUCUUCCCCAAACUGCCACGCACCCCUUCCCUCUCCCGCCUCAAACUGUACCACGCCACCUGUGGCCUGGUGGCCUACCUGCUGGCCGUUGCCACGAUAACGCUGGCCAUGUUCACAGACUGGUUCCAGGCCACAGUCAGGGGCGUGCUGUGGUACAUACUUGUGCUGCUACCCCUUCUCCCUGCCCUCGUGAUCAUGAACCAGAUCACCAGCUCCUACCUGCCUAAGAGGAAAAUCAGCACCUGAGACAUACCCGUACCUGCCCUACCAUCUCCCGGGACUAUCGCAUUACCUGUCUUUACUCAUGGGCAGAGAGAGGGAGACAGGUUGCAGUCAAGCUGUGAUUGAUUGACUUUUUUCUAAUGGGAGCACAUGCUCCAAGCAGGACUUUAAAAUCAGGUUGUUUCAAGGGUUGUAAAGCAGCAGUCUGAGUCCAAGGGUAGUGGAUGCCCUCAUCAUCACAAAUUUUUUGUUUCUGA